AUGGAACAUGCUCCUCAUAAUUACCGAAUGACCUUUCCAAUGAUUCAAAAAGAUAUUGUGACUGCAUGUAAGAUAGAGACCAUCAAAGCUAUCAUUGAGGAAUUAAAUGGUGGCUACUUUGCCUUAUUAGUUGAUGAAUCUUUUGAUAUGUCACAUAAGGAGCAAAUGGCUGUUGUUUUACGAUAUGUUGAUCGAAAGGGAUUUGUGAUGGAGCGAUUGAUUGAUAUUGUACAUGUUCAAGAUAAUAGUGCUUUAUCUCUAAAGAGUACAAUUGUCAAUUUACUUUCUCAACAUUCAUUGAGUCUAUCUUAUAUGCGUGGGCAAUGUUACAAUGGGGCAAGCAAUAUGCAAGGUGAGAUAAAAGGCCUUAAAAAGUUGAUUAGGCAAGAAAGUUUCUCAGCACAUUCUAUUCAUUGUUUUGCUCAUCAACUUCAACUAACUCUUGUUGCGGUAGAGGCUUUCAGCAAGACCUUUGGUCUUAUAAGAGCUGGUGAUACUCGUUGGGGAUCUCACUACAAAUCAUUUUGUAAUUUUAUUCUUAUGUUUGGCUCUAUUAUUGAUGUUCUUGAUGCACUUGUUGUUGAUGCAUAUUCUCUAGAUGAAAGUGCUAAUGCAACAGGAUAUCUUGAAGCUUGUCAAACAUUUAAGAUUGCUUUUAUGUUGCAUUUGAUGAGAGAUAUCUUAGGAAUCAUAGAUGAGCUUAAUAAAUCAUUACAAAAGAAAGAACAGGAUAUUGCAAAUGCUAUGCUACUCGUUGAUGUAGCAAAGAGAAGGUUGCAAUCGUUAAGAGACGAUGACUGGGAGACGCUUAUUGAUAAGGUAUCUACAUUUUGUAUCAAGUAUAAUAUUUUGAUACCUAAUUUUGAUCAGCCAUAUGUUAACUCUCGAAGAUCACGGCAUUUGCUUCAUCGAGUUGCUUGUUUGAGUCCAACAGACUCAUUUUCUAGUUUUAACAUCAAGAAGAUAAUGAGAAUGACUGAAUUAUAUCCUGAUGACUUUGAUGAAUUUAGUAUGGGUGCUCUUAAGAAUCAGCUUGCGACAUACAUUAUUGACGUCCGUGAUAUUGAUGAAAGGUUCGCCAAUCUGAAUGGACUUUUUGCCACUGCAUCUGUUGAAAGAGCAUUUUCAACAAUGAAGUUUAUUAAGAAUGACCUGCUGAAUCGGAUGAAUGACGGACUUUUGAGCGGCUGCUUAGUUCCUUAUGUAGAAAAAGAUGUAUUUAUUAAUAUUUCUAAUGAUGCUAUUGUAAAAACAUUUCAAGAGAUGAACCCUCGUCGAGUACAGUUGUGA